UCACUAUCGUGUCAGGCACUGUUGUUGUCACUCUUGUGUUUCUGUCAAUGGCUGAGCCAGCUUGCCGUCACAAAACUUGGAUGCUUUCUUUUUAAUUGUGCUGUAUUAAACUCUAAAGCUGUUCUUAAGCUUUCUUAAUAAUGAAAUUGUAAUAAGAACUGAAUAGAGUUCCUCCAUAUACCGGAACAUGUGUCUAAAUUAAUUGUUCUGGUGUAACCUAGCGUAUGGAUUAAGCACCUGUUUGUACGGCAAACUGUUAAAUGUUGUGGUGCCAUGUCUUAAUUAUGAUCGUCUGAUCCUUUCUUUAGGGCGUAAAGUGAUUUAUAUACAGCGGAUAUUAUAGAACCACGAAGAUGGCAGAUUCCCCAGUCGCUAGCAUUGUCAGCGAGAUUUUGAGGGUUGAAGCAGUAGAAGAAGCUUUUAGUUGUUUCUUAGUGCAUAAACCAGAGGAAGAAAAUGAGGUGUUAGGAAUGUAUCAGAAGAGACUUAGUGGCAUUAUGACCCACCUGAGCACAGAGAUGCAGGAAUCAGCUCUACGCCAGUACCUGACACCUACAGCCGUGCUCACUAACCGUUACAAAAUGAAGCAACUGCUUGGUCUCUUGGAGAAUUUAGUGAAUACAAAUGUUAUUCAGGCUCGAAUGUUAUGCGAUUGCAUUUUGACCAAUGAAAAACUAACCUAUCAAAAUGCUGACUUUUGGAUUGAAAGUUUCAAUUUGAUCAGGAGAAUUAUUGGAGGAGUGGACUACAAAGGAGUCAGAGAAAUAAUGAAAGGAUGCAGAGAAAAGGCUCACACAUUACCAGUUAGGCUUAACUCAAGUACAAUGCCUCAGCUGAAAGCAUUGUAUAAUGUAAUAGAGUACAUAUUUGACAGGAAUGCUUCCUUAUUGCCUGCGUAUUUUAUUGUUACUGAGAUUCAAAAAGAUUACCCCGGUAAUAAUCACUGGCCACACUGGCAACUGGCAAAACUUCUUUCUAGCUUUGUGGAGAGUUUUAAACCAUGUGCUCAAAUGGUUUCUAUUAUUGGACAUUCACAAAUGUUACCUGUUGUUGAGUUUUCGGGCUAUGCCGACCACCUUGUAAAUCCAUGGCGAUUAGAUCCUACAACUUUAAAGUUUUCUCUAAAGGGUAAUUUGCCGUAUGAUGAAGAGCUUCUCAAGCCCCAGAUUUCAUUGCUGAGACAUGUUUUGCAACAACCAUACUCUAGAGACAUGAUGUGUUCAAUGCUUGGCCUCCAGAAACAGCAUAAACAACGCUGUAUCGCAUUAGAAGACCAAUUAGUCGAACUUAUGAUUUUGCCAAUGGAAAGAAGCGAACAAGAGAAUGAAGAUGAUGAAAUGUCUUCAUCACACUGGUGUUGGCUUCAUUUGUCAUCCCAGGUCAUAUACUUGAUCCUUAUUGGAUUUGCUUCUUUUCCAAACAUCGUGAUGGGUCUUCACAGCAAAUUAAUUGGCCAUGAUAUGAAGAAAGGAAGAGAUCACCUUAUGUGGGUGUUACUACAAUUCAUAUCUGGAAGUAUUCAAAGAAAUCCAUCGUCGAACUUCUUGCCAAUAAUAAAACUUUAUGAACUGCUGUAUCCUGAAAAGGAACCUCUGCCAGUGCCUGACUGCACGAAGGCCCAUUGCACACAUCAAAUGGCUGUAGUGUGUAUUUGGAUGCACUUGUUGAAAAAAGCCGAAACUGAACACAAAACUAUGUCCAUGCCACAAAAUUUAAAAGUACAGUACGAGUACCUCCAGCAUUUGUUUACAUCAAAUAAUACACCAACAUUGAUGGGUUCCGAUUACCGCAUUGCUUUGUUGUGCAAUGCAUAUUCAACAAACCAGGAGUAUUUCGCCAGACCGAUGGGUGUGAUAAUAGAAACACUAUUUGGGAGCCAGAAAGCUAUGCCCAAUGGGAAUCCAACCACUCCUUUGCCCACAGUACCAUUGUCCAUGUGUAUACUCGACAGCCUUACCUUACAUUGUAAAAUGUCACUUAUUCACUCCACUGUUACUCAUGUUGCUAAAUUAGCUCAGAAUAAGAGUAAUAUACCAGGAAACAACAUGAUGGCACCUGCUUUGGUGGAGACUUAUAGCCGGUUACUGGUUUAUACAGAAAUUGAGUCGAUGGGGAUCAAAGGGUUUAUACAUCAGCUACUUCCGAAUGUUUUCAAAUCUCAUGCUUGGGGUAUCCUUCAUAACCUUUUGGACAUGUUUUCGUACCGUAUCCACCACGUGCAGCCGCACUACAGGGUGACGCUUCUCUCUAACAUACACUCCUUAGCUGCAUACCCUCAAGCCAAUCAAACACAGUUGCAACUUUGUUUUGAAAGUACUGCAUUAAGAUUGAUAACGAGUUUGGGCAGCUCCGGAGUGCAGUUGCAAAUGUCCAGAGUAGUGUCUGAGCCAAAGUCGCUUGUAUCGUCUGAAAGUGAGGAGCUGAAUCGAGUUCUAGUUCUGACACUAGCACGUGGGAUCUACAUGACGGGAGCUGGCAGUGACGGAGCUGCGGUGAAAGAGCUCCUGACUACGAUCAUGACAAACACGCCGCAUAUGUGGUCCCAACAUACGCUGCAAUGCUUCCCACCUAUGCUGGUUGAAUUUUUUGCUCAGAAUCCUGCUCCUAAAGAGAAUAAGCAAGUGCUGAAGAAAUCAGUUGAGGAAGAGUACCGCAAAUGGACAUCAAUGGCUAACGAUAAUGAUAUUAUAUCACAUUUCUCAGUACCGGGCACGCCACUCUUCCUGUGCUUGCUAUGGAAAAUGAUAUUUGAGACGAACAGAAUCAAUCCCGUAGCUUUCAAAAUCUUAGAACGCAUCGGUGCCCGGGCGUUGUCAGCGCACUUGCGUAAGUUCUGUGAUUACCUCGUGUUCGAAGUGACCAACCCGGCCGGCGGGCCUCAUAUCAACAAGUGCGUCGACGCGAUUAACGACAUCAUCUGGAAAUACAACAUUGUUACCAUUGAUAGGCUUGUUUUAUGCUUGGUACUACGCCCCAACCCGGACGGCAAUGAGAGCCAAGUCUGCCUUUACAUCAUUCAGCUACUGCUGCUGAAAGGCUCAGAACUGAGGAACCGAGCUCAGGACUUUGUAAAGGAAAACUCACCGGAACAUUGGAAACAAAAUAAUUGGUACGAUAAACAUUUAGCUUUCCAUAGAAAAUACCCAGAAAAGUUCGCGCCGGAGGAGGCAAGCAACGCUUACGGAGGCCCUAUUCCUGUGUACCUGAGCAACGUCUGCCUCAGGUUUAUACCCGUUUUGGAUAUUGUGGUGCACCGACAUCUAGAGAUACCAUCCGUUAGCAAGAACCUGGAACAACUGUUGGAACAUCUAGGAUAUCUCUAUAAAUUCCAUGAUCGCCCUAUCACGUUCUUGUACAACACCUUGCACUAUUAUGAGUCGAAGCUUCGCGACAAGCCGUUAUUGAAGAGGAAAUUGGUGAAUGCUGUACUGGGUUCCUUGAAAGAGGUGCGCCCAGCUGGAUGGGCUACCACUGAGGCUUUCCAGGCGUAUCUUGCCAAAACUGAUGUAGAAGCAACCGCCUGGACGGGACCUGACCUAAAUUACUAUCUUAGCCUAGUCAAUCGGAUGGUUGACACUAUGACUGGCAGCUCACACUUCCCUAAUACAGAUUGGCGGUUCAAUGAAUAUCCAAAUCCCUCGGCACAUGCAUUGUACGUGACGUGUGUGGAAUUGAUGUCACUACCCCUAGCGCCGAAUUUCGUCGGUAACACUCUCCUGGAUGUCAUCACUAAAGGUUUUGUCGUAAUACCACCUACUAAGAUCCAGCUUUGGAUCAAUGCAAUUGGACUGAUAAUGGCUGCCCUGCCAGAUCCCUACUGGACCGUUCUUCAUGAUCGUAUACUGGAAUUAAUAACAAACAAUGAAAUGACUGAAUGGCCUUAUCCUCACACACCAUUCCAACUUUUCAAUCUGACUACGACCAAUGACGCCAUGUUGGAAAACAAAUACAGCUUGACGUUGGCUCUGGCCCAUGCCAUUUGGUACCAUGCAGGCGCUGGGCAGAUCAUGCAAGUACCGCAAUUUAUCAAAGAAAAACUGUCAGUGGAGGUGCACACUGAGAUUCAGCUUCUGUACCUGUGCCACUUGGUGGGGCCGUUCUUGCAACGGUUCAAUUCAGACCUGUCUCGAGCCGUAAUGGACAUCACCAUCACUCUGUACGAGUUACUGGCCCACAUCGACAAGUCCCAGCAACAUCUGCAAUACAUCGAUCCCAUAUGUGACUUACUCUAUCACAUAAAAUAUAUGUUUGUCGGCGACACCAUGAAGAACGAAGUGGAGAGUGUUAUUCGCAAACUGCGGCCAGCUUUGCAGAUGCGUUUGCGCUUUAUCACUCAUUUGAAUGUGGAACAGAUAAAUACCGCCUAGCAGAACGAUUACUACAGCUACACGCCGUCUAGUUCGAGUUCCAGCUCGGAAUAAACGGCGUGGCUGUAGUGCUUCAGUGCUAAUUGUGAACAAAGUGAUCAGUGAAGUCUCGACGAACAACGUACUGUUUGUCUAUUUUGUGAUUCCAUUGUAACACUAGCGUUUGUUAUAUUCAUCUUCUUGGUUGUGAAUCCACGGCAUACAAACUGAAUUAGUAUAAUAAAUUUAAUGCAUCACAAAUACAACGGAUUGCCUGACUUCUAUAGCAAUAGAUAAGUCUAAAUAUAGUCAUAUUUUCUUAUUAAGCAUUUUACUGUAACAUAUACAGGUUGAUAUUUCAACCGAAAAGUAUGUAAUUUCUGCAAUAAACUAGUUUAUAGGAAAGUAACGCUCGAACGUCAUAUGGACAAAUCUGGUACAUAAUGUAUUCUUGAAAUAAGCAAUUUAGUGUUUUAGGGAAUAUUUGUAUACAAAUACAUCGUUAUAUUAGAUAGCGACACAAGAAACUUGAACACUAUAAUGUUCUGUACAAUCAACAUAAUUGCUUUGAUAAAUAUUUGCAUUUUACAUUAAGAUUACACAACAACAGAUAUUGUUACAUCGAAAAUCAUCGAUUUCGGUUUAUCAAAAGAGAUGUCCAUUAUUUUUAGAAUAACUAACAUUUUAUCAUCACCAUCACGAUACCUAAGUAAUUUAUUAAUUGUUAUGUUAGUGUUUAAAUAAGUCUGAAGAAAUAGAAACGCUUAUUUCUUUGUAUGUCGUGUGUAUCUGUGUUGUAGUAUUUUGACAUCUACUGGUAAUAUUUUCUUAAAAUCAAUGUAUUUAAGAGUGCAAAAUGAAAACUACCUAAUUGUAAAGAAUGAGAUUAAGUAGAAAAGGUAGUUUCGAUGUGUAAGAGUUUAUUGGCAUUAAUUUAAGUGACUGGGGUUAUGUUCGGCACUACUAGUCGACUAUACUCAUUAGUUAAUCGAUUUUCCCAACUACAUAAUUUACAUAAUUAUGUGUGUUAAUGUACACAAAAAAGUCACUGGAACAAUUUUACUGUAAUAAUGCCCUAUAGAAUAGAAACAAAGAAUAUCUAAAACAUGCGAAGAAUUUAGUAAUAAAGAAGUAUAAAUUAGUUCUAUGAGUUAUAAGGUUUAACGUUUUUUUUUUAGUUAAGCUACUGGUGAGUAGACACCUUUAAUAUGAUACUGAUGAUCAAAAUGAUUGAAUUAUAACAAUAUAAUAGAUAUUUAGCUCGAUAAGAAUUAAAAGCUACUGAACACAAGAAAUAAUUUCGAUAAGCUUAUGUGACUGUACUGUAUUGCACUGCUUUCGUUGUAUAUGGUUUAUCAUUGUUAUUAGUUUUCACCAAAUUAGCGAGCAAAACGGUGAUUUUGAGUUUGUAUAUCAAUAAAAAGAUAUGGAAUUCAAAUUAUUACUCUAUAUUGUCCGUCCGUUUGUUUCAAAGAUAUCAGUUGAAUUCGACAAAUUUAUCAAUUUAAUGAAUAUUUUUUGCGAUUAUGACAUAUUAUAUGUUUUGAGUUUGUGACGCUUAUAGAUGUUUGACAGUGUUAUCGAAGCUGUAAUUUAAACUUUUUUUUUUUGUCAGUAGAACAAAUAAUUUUCUUGUGUUUCAUUUGAGAAUGACAAUGUAUGAUAUUUGGCAAUUACUUAUACCGAAUAUUCCUAUAUCAGGUAUAAGUUGUUCAGUAUAACCGAAUAUCGAAUGAUAAUCCUUAUGCAAAUCUGAGAUAAUGAAUAAGAAUUCAUAUAACUGAAAGUUAUUUUAUUUUUUACCAAAUAUGUAAGAUUACACCUAGCAAUUGUAAAAGUAUGCAUCACUUACUAGCAAAUUAACUAUUUCAAUAUUUUAAUACAUAUGACUUAUCACUUAUACUAUUAAAAUAAUUCAAUAAAAAAUUCCUUACUACCUUUUUUCCUAUCGCCUGUACUAUUUUUGCUUGUAUAGCGAAGAAAGUUUAAAGGUAAGAAAAAUACUGCAACUUUUUAAUGUAAUAUCCAAAAAUAAAGGCAUUAAAAUUGUGAUAUUUACAACCCAAUUUCUAAAUGAUAUUUGAAAAUGUUACUAAACUAAGGUAAAGUACCAAGUACAACUGGAUUAAUGCAAUAAUAUUUCAGUAGUUUUAAUGUGUGAUAAUGAUAGUAUUGUAAUUGAUUCUGUAGUUUCCUUUGUCUAGAUUGUCAGCUCUUUUUAGGAAUAAUUAAAAAUAGUGAUGACUAUCUUAUAACUCUAGGAAUUGAAUAUUAUUGCCAUAUGGUGCAAUGUAUUAUUAUAUUAACUUGAAAUCACAAAUUUUCAAUAGUGAGAUAGCGUCGACGUUUUUGACGCCAAUUACCCCAUACGACUAAAUAGUAAGUUUACGUCGGGGAUAAAUACUUAAGUAAGUAAUAUAAAUUAAACUUUAGUGUAAUGAUGUAAUGAUCAAAAUUAAUAGUGAGGGAAUUUAUCACAUUUGUAUUAUAAAACACUACAUAGGUACUAUGCAGUUAUAUCAUUUAGGAGUUGGGUUGUAUGCUGCGGACAGAUUUAGGCGUAACUUUGCAUAAUUUUAUAUAAGUUUUUAUGUAGUAUUUAUACUGUGUACUGAUCAAAUAAAUAUUUUAAAUCUAA